GUUGUCUUCGGACCAUUUCUUGCGUUUGGUGGAAGCACCGUGUGAGCAAUGGUGAAGUCAGGCGAAAGGUACUGGGAAAGAUAGGCUAGUAGAUUGGUGAUGUUAUGAACCCUAGUCGGCUCAGAUGGUUUGGACAUGUGCUGCGCAUACCGAGACACCGCCUACUUCGUGUCAUGCUGAGGGAGGUUGGAUUAGGUUGAAAGAGGAUUCAGAUGGGCUAGACCAAGACCUGGCACCAGUCGAUGAAGUUUCUUAUUGUUGAUCUGAGUCGUGUAAGGAGAUGUAUGCCAUGUGACUGGCUGGGUUGCCCGAGACGAUAGGAAUCAGGGGUUGAAGACUCUCAGUGACAUGGCUGAAAAUUGGUGACAAUGGCUCAGAUGUACUCAUCACUUGACAUCUUAUAAGCUUGAAUAUUUGCAUUAACCUUUAUCUUCAGAUUGCUUAUGCUCUUACACUACUUUAUCUUCUUUGAUAUCAGUCGUUUCCUAUCCAUCUGUUAUUUGUAUGCUACUGUGGAGUGUGGCGAUCUGAGCAGAUGCACCUGUGUGCUAGGUUCUACGUUGAUUUUGUCAGUCAGUCAGAUAUCUAUCAAGACUCCAUCUUAAUUUUUAUGUGACACCUGGAAAAUGAAGAUUUGUGUAAGUUCCUAGCUACUGUUGUAUGAGUGUUUAUCAGCUUCAUGUGUUAAUUUGUGCUCUAUACUCAUCAAAAAUCAUUCAAAUUCUCUGAGUAUCAAAUAUAUAUUUUGCUGUAGUUUAUUUGAUAAUGCCUGAAAGAUCUAUCAUACUUAUUCUACUAAUUUUUUAAAAUUUUUAUGUAGGUGCCCUUAUGCUCAUCGCAAUGCUGGAGAUACCGAGCGACGUUAUCAUCCGCGAUAUUUCAAAACAGGAAACUGUAUUUACGAAACAAUGGAAAAUGGAGCAUGUGUUAAAAAUGGUCUCCAUUGUGCAUUUGCGCACGGUCCUGAUGAUAUCCGUCUACCUGUUUAUGACAUACGCGAAGUUCAGGAUGCUUCUUCGAAAUUUACUAUUAAUCUACCAGCUAGUUUAGAGAAGGAACGAGUGUUGAGUGAAGAUCCAAAGUGGAAUGAAAUGUUCCAUGUGCUUGCUUGCUAUAAGACAGAAUUGUGCAAAAAGCCACCGCGAAUGUGUCGCCAGGGUUAUUCAUGCCCCUUCUAUCACAAUGGAAAAGAUAAACGAAGAGCUCCAGACAAAUUCUUGUACCGUAGUACUCCUUGUCCUACUGUCCGCCCUGGCGAUGAAUGGCAGGAUAGUAAUCUUUGCGAUACUGGCGAUGCAUGUGUCUACUGUCAUACGCGAACUGAACAACAAUUUCAUCCUGAGAUAUAUAAAUCAACAAAAUGCAACGAUGUAUUAAAUUCUGGUUAUUGCCCUCGUGGUCCGUUUUGCGCUUUUGCACACUGUGAUACAGAAAUGACAAUUGGUCGAGAUUUCUCUGCAAAUGUACAACAAGAACACCAGUGUGCUAGUAGUUGUGGAUUACAGUCUAGUCUUAAUAUGGAGUUGAAUAGUUUAUCAUCCAAUAGUCUCAUAUUAUCUAGUUCAACGGCGAUGGCGGCAGCACCAACGACACCAACUACAGCAAUGGCCACUUCUGUUCCCUGUCGUCAUAUCCCAUCUGCUGCUUUAGGAGUUUCUCAUGGUGGAAGUAGUAGUUGCCAAAACCAACAGUAUUCUCUUCAUUCUCCUAAUCAGCAUCAUCAUCAUUCAACACCAAGCACUGUUAGUAGUAGUAAUUCACGUAUUUUAGGCACUAGUAAUAAUAAUAAUAAUAAUAGUAAUAGUUUACCACCAAAUUUAAUGUCUAAUUUACAUACAAAUUUUUCCAAUAUGACACCUAUGCUACUACCAUCCGCACAACAACAGCAACAAAUAGCACAACGUACACUAUCUAGUCAUCAACAACAACAACACUUGAUGAAUUUUCCUUCUCCUGUGGAAUUUAAUAAAUCAAUUACUGCCAGCGAACACUCUGGAAGAUGUUCCCAUUUAACAAAUUCUUUAAUGUCAAAUGUAAUAUCACCUCUCAGUUCCGUUGCAAAUCAUUCGAGUAGUCGUGGUCGACGUGUGGCUCGUUGUACAUCUCCGCGUACAACAUGUAUCUGGCCAUCAUUUAACCUAGUAUCGACUCCCACCACAGAUCGACAGCACUUUACUCAGCUGCCAGGUCCAUCAAAUGCAGACGUUCGAACUGGAAUAUGUCCUCAGCUAGGUGUGUUAUCACCCAACUCGGUCAGCUCGACGUGUUCUCCGAACCAGAAUACUCAGUUUUCACACUCACGAAAUCGCCCCAUACCUGGCCAGUUUCAUAAUGUUCUCGCCCAUCCUUUGGCAACAACUACUUAUGCACGAGAUAAAGGCCGCCAUCGAAGUGGUAGUUCUAUGUCCUCUGAAAUUGGUCAGUAUUCUAUGAAUAGUGUUAGAGAAUUAACUUCUCCUUCAGCUUAUUUGGACUCAACAUCAACUUAUCCUGGUCGUUGUGGUUCCUAUAGUGGUUGUGUGGGUAAUUUGAAUAGAACUGUUGCUUCAUCUGCGGUUACAGGUGGUAGUUUUUCUGUAUCCAAUCAAAAACAAACUAUGCACAGUGUUACUUCGAAACCUGUACUGUUAGGACAACUUUCUGGAAUAUAUCAGAAUGUGACAUCUCUUAAACCCAAUUUACUAUGGGACAAUUUCGAAUCUGAAUCCAACAAUGCCGAACAACACUUCUCAUCCAAUUGGCCAUGGUCAUCAGUGAACACAGGCGCUUGUACCAAUAUUAGUGGAGGAAUCAGUGAGAUGGAGAAUGAUUUCAAUAGCUUUUUGGAUAAUUGUCAAAUGCCUCUUGGUAUUGCUAAUUCCUCGUCUAUUGGUAUUUGUGAUGAUACUAGUCGUGAUAGUGGUUUGGUCCUCGAUAUGACAUUGCCUCCAACAUCACCGCUUGAACAAAGUUCUAGUGGAUUUCUAGGUAGCAAUCUAGAGGCGGAUUUAUUAUCUCAGCUUACACAGUCAGCAUCACAACAUCGUGUUUCAGCCUCUGGUCUUUUUGAUGAUAUUCAUUCAGCGUGUUCACGAUUUUCUCAAGAUGUUGUUUUUCAUUCACCAUCAGAUGAUGGCUUCCUUUCGACGCAUUCUGCUUCAGAGGAACAAGAUCCUAAUCAUGCAUUACUAGUUACUGUCAAUACUAGUAUUGAUUGUUCUUCAUUGCCAAAUUCUUAUGGAUCGAAUCCAGUGAAUAUACCGGGUAAAGGCAAUGCUAAAGAUGUAAAGAGCAUGCAAAUGUAUUCAUUCUUAGAUUCUAUCACUUCACGAUCAGGUAUUUUGUCUAGGCAUGAUCCAUUACAGCAGCCAAUUGGUCAUUUACACCAACCUGGUGGUAUUAUUCAAUCUGGUCAGCUGACGAAAUCUCAGUGUAAUAAAGGUUGGCCUUCAAGUUUUGCUGAUGAAAUCGGCCAUCGACACAGUUCACCUAUGUCAUCUCCAGUAUCAAUAAAUAAUGCCAAUUCUAGUAGAUAUGCAUCAAUUGUUGGUGGUGCAUCACUUGGACGUGUAAGUCAAGCAAUAGGUGUAGAUUUGAAUACAUCAGGGCUAGCAAGUAGUGCCAGUAGUGGUUCUACCGGUGCCGCUGUAUUCGGUGCUAUUGGUUCCCGUGUUCUUCAUUCAAUGACAACCGAAACUGCAGGUCCAUCUGACAGCAGUCAACCAGUUAGGCCACAAGAAUGCUCAGAAUGCUUGACUCAAAUUAGUGCUGAUACUAUGUCGUCAACUUCAUCUCCUAUUCAACUAGACUCUGGUACAGCUGGAACAAGCUCUAGGAUUUUCUCUUCUCAUUCAAGAAAUGAGAAUUUUUCAAAUUUACCACAGUCACCUAUUCUCCUUUCGUCACCAUUUAGUAAUCCAGGUUGUGAUCUGGAGCGUUUAACAUUACGCCGUGAAUUAGAUGAAAUUCGACAACGUUUGGAUUCUAAGGAAGGUGAAGUAGAAGUUUUAAAAAAGCAAAGAGAUUUUGUUACAGAGCAUUUACGUGAUUCGCUUGGUGUUAUUCGUCAACUGUUUCAUUCAUUAAAUAUGUCAUCUACUGCUUCUACUGACUUGUUCAAACCAUUAUUUGUCGAUACUGAGACUAAUUUGAGCAGUGAUCAAAGCACUGGUUGUUAUGCUCAAAGUUUAUCAUCAGAAUCGAAUCCAUGCGAUAUAUUUAAAACAUGUAUGCAAGCCUCGCCUGCAACAAAUCUUAGUCCAACUGGUCCAGUUGAUUCACUCGGCCGAAAUCAACUGCAACAACAGCAACAAGAAGCUUUGGCAGCGUUGUUUGCUAAUCCGCUUGUAUCCGCACUUUUAACUACACAAACUGAUGUCAGUGCAACAGACAAUUCAAAAAUGAAGUCCGAUAUGCAGGUGCCUAAUUGGAAUCCAUUAGAUAAUCAUAAUAUAACUGAAAUUCAGUCAUCUGAAUAUAGAUCGAAACACGCAAUGAAUAAUCCUUCUUUCCCGUCUACUAUUAAUACUACUACUGCUACUGGUGGUGCACAUUGUAACUCUGAUAAUGAUGAUGAUGAUGAUGAUGAUGAUGAUUUAUUCUCUGCAUCAGGUUUACUAUCAUUGUCUAAUCAAGAAUCGUGUGAUUUAGAAGGAGAAGAAGGAACGGUCGAUAGUAGUAAUAAUGAAUUCAUACCACCUUCUCACGAUACGACAAGUGGUAAUCCUGCUUCGAUUACAACUGAAACUGCUUCUGCUGCUGCUGCUGCUGCUAAUACUCCGAUGCUACACAAUUUAUGCAUUGAUAAUUGUCGGGACAGUAAAAUGAGCAUCAUAAUGAUGAUGAGGACGAUGGCGAGAACAAGGCCAGUUCACAUUCAUCGUUGUGUAAUAAAUAUCCUGUUGAUGGGAAACAACAAUCUUUGUAGUUCGACAGAUAUAUACGGUGAACACUUUUCAUUUGAACCCUAUUUCGUUAGAAUUUAUUUUCUCAACCAAGAAACAAACAAACAAGUAUGGUGUGUUUUAUGAGCAGCCGGUAAAGGAAAAGCAUUCAAAAAUAAUAAAUCAGAUUUACUUAUUUCAUGUUUCUUAAUUUUAUCCUAGUUAAAUAUUCUAUUCAUACUACAACAACUACUACUAUUACUACUAAUGUUAUCUUCAUUAUCAUGAUUAUUCCUAUUUGAUAUUGUUUAGGCGUCCAACUGGCGUAUAGAGAUCGUGUUUAAUAAUUUAAUCAAUUAAUUUCCUCUUAUCUCCACAGGUUUUUGUCAUCGAUAUUGUUAUCUAUUACAUUAUCAUAGUUUGUCUCAAAUUGUGUAAGAGACGACCAACCAAGCUACAAGAGAAGCUUUCAAAGGUUAUUUUUCUCCUUGUUUUUGUAGUCGGCCUGUUUUUCUCUCCAUAAUUAUUUUCCAUCAAUCUCUGUGUUUUUAGCAUUGUUGAUUUUUGUUUUACUCUCUUGCUGCUGCUGCUGUUGCUAAUACUACCAUUACCAUUGGCGCUACUACGAACACAGCCUCUGCUGCUAGUAUCUUUACCCAUCGUCAAUGUUUCUCUCUAGAUUGUUAUUAUUAUUACUAUCAUCAUCGUCAUCACCAUCAUUGUUUCACAUUGAAAUCGACACUCUUCCUACAUAUGCCUGAUACACUACAAUACAAGAGAGACUGAUUUUGCUAUGUCGAUGUUAGAUGUGUGUGUGUGUGUGUAUAUAGAUACCAGUUUCGAUGGUUGGUUGUUUUCUUGAGAUACGCUUUCAAAGGGGAUGAGAUUUAUCUUACAAGAAUAUUUCAAACAGUAACACUAGAAAAUAAGACAGAUUGGCAGUGAUAAUAGUAACAAUUAGUAGUAGUAGUAGUAUCAUUACUAUGCAUGUUUCCACCUAUUUCAUAUAUGAGUAAUGCUUAGUUCUUUUAAAAAACAAACAGUAUCUCUCGGUUACACACCUAUCCAGAACACAUUUGAUGUAUCUUGUUGUUAGCGCCAAAAAAUGUUAGAUCAUUGUUAUUCUUAUUUAUAAUUAUUCUUACUAUUCUUAUUCCAUACACACACGCGCACGCACGCAUACACACUGUAGAGAGUUGCGUAAACACAAGUUAUGCCUACUGACAUGAAGAAUUUUUUUAGGAUAGUAUUAUUCAUGUGCAUAUGGCUACAUUAUUAUUCCUUCUUAUUUUCACUAAGUUUUCUUUUUUUUCAAUUGAAAUCUAGCCGUUUUCAGUUUGAGGUUCUGAUUACCUUCCUCCCCCUCCCCCGGCCAACCCACCCUCCUCAGCUGCUUAUUAUUUAGUCAAUAACCAAGUCUAGUUGUUUUUCCAAGACUUAGAAUGUUUUUUUUCGUUUUAUUUUACUUACUAGUGAGGAUAUAUAUUUGUGCACUUAAUGGCUCUUACUAAUUUCUCUAGCACUUAUAGAGGGGAAUUUUAACUCUUUCCCUGUUGGCAUAACUGUUGUUUAUGAUGAUGAUUAUAUUGCUUUCGCUUUUUACCCCCGAAUAUUUCCGCUUCUUUCAUAUCUUUAGUAGUAAGGAUUCAUGUAUGGGUUUUUAUUUAUUUAUAUUUAUCAUUUAGAUCAAAAUUUUAUCCUGUUGUUCAUUUCGUCUCGACUUUAUUAUAUGACGCAAUUGCGCGCGCAGACACGCACAUAUUCUCAUAUAUUUAUUUGUAUCAAAUCCUCAUCAUUACUCAUAAGUAGUAGUCUUUCAUUGAAUAAUUUGUCAUCAAUAUUGUUUAUUACUUCGUUUGUAUGUUUUAUCCCAUUGAUAGCUUUUUCUUUGCAUACUCACUAUAUCUCUAUCUCCGUCUGUGGGCUAUUUGUAAUGCUUAUUCGUCUAUCUGCAUAUGUGUGUGGUCAGUGUUCUCCAAUCUGAUUGUCUUAUACUAUACGUUGAUAUACUUUCUUUUCACUCAGGUAAUCAGUUUCAUAUAACGAUUAGUUUUUUAAUAGUUCUUCCUUGUUCUAUCUAACCCUCUUAAUGAUUUUUGUUGUUGAUUUUCUUGUCACAUUUGUUGGCACACUUUCGAUUCGUAUCAUUUAUGACUACGACUAUUUCUGAGUAUUCGUUUAUAUUUUGGUACUUUGUUCAUUGAUUAGUAUUAAGUGUAGGCAUAUUGUGUUAGCCAGAUUUUCUUCUAUUUUGUUUUCCAUAUGUUAAUUGUUGUAUGCUUCUUCGUAUGCAAUUUAAUUUUCAAUUUAUCCUAUGAUGUAAAAAUUGGAGAACAAAAAUCAUUUGUUGAUUUCUCAGCCAUAAAUUAUUUGAAUGAAUCUAAUAUAACAACAUUGUUAUCACUAUUCACAAAGAGAGCAGACAAUUCAAUGUAUUGUGGAGAGUAUAACCAUAAGGACUAAACAUGUAUACUCUUUUUAUUUUGUCCUACUCGAAUUUUCACCCUUCAGUCAUCAUUACCAUUGAUGUUGUUAUUUGUGACUAAUCUGUUUGUGUGUGUGUGUGUGUGUAUUCGUGAAGGCUUUUUAUACUAUUUUUACAUCCUAUUUUGAUCAUAUCAUUCAUUUAUUCAUUCAUGAGGUAUACACACGCGUAGCAUAAUUUAUGCCUUUCAAGUUUUCUCUAUUGCAAUAAAUAACAGCGAUGUUGGCGUACUACUCUUCUUCGUCUUUACUAACACCUGAUUUUCACUUGUCAUUUAUCCCAUUGAAUGUAUGUUGACUAAUCUAGUUAUUGUUUGAUUACUUUUUGUGUGUGUGCGCGCCUGUAUUUCCAUUUCAAUUUGUUUUUCAAAAGAUUACAACAGUUUUUAUCAUUUAUUCUGCGACCAUUACUAAGUAUUAUUGUAUGCAACAGCGAAAAAUGUAUGUUCCUUUGCAUCUUGUGUACGCAUUCAUCUAGUUCAGUUUGUGGUACCAAGUAGGAGGAUUAUAAGGAUAGAUUAAAACGACAUAAUCUGUUCAUCUGAUGAGAAAAAAGUUUUUUUCCUUUCGCUCGUUCUUGUUGUUUUUUUUUCCAAAAAAAUUAUUGUACACUUUAUUUCGAUUUCUUUCUGUGUACGUAAAUAAACACACCUGUGUUUAGUCAGUUGUUUUUUUUGUUUUUGCAAACAUUAUUAUUAUUAUUAUUACAACUAGGCUUCUGAUUGUAUGUACUUUCGUCCUACUGUUGUUGGUGUUGUUGUCGGUCUCAUUGCAUAUACCUGGUGUUUAUGAUUUUAAUUUAUCUUCUGCAUACUUUAACUUUCAUCAUCUGAUGAGAACAUGUAAAGGUCGGAAGCAUAUAUGAAUACAUACACACUAUCUGUCAAAAUAGACAAAAAUCGUCUGCUUAAAACAUACAUAGUUUUUUUUCAUCUUAUUUCUUAUCUUUUCUUGUCUUGGGUCACUAUUUUGUUUCCUCUUAGAGAUGAUUAUAAACUAUUAUUGAAUUGCCUGAUAUCCAUACAGACUUGUUCUUAUACUAUUAUCAUCAACAUCGCCUUUUAUAUUUAUAUAACUGCUCUCCUCCUUGCCUAUUAUUGAAUAAUCGUUUGUUGUUGUCUAUCAAAACAAGAGGUUGACACCACAACAGCAAAGUUAACUAUGACUUAUGGAUACCACUUUAUUCAGUACUGAGCAAAACCAAAGCACACUGUUGUUGUUGUUGUUGUAUUGAUGUUAAUUCAUGGAUUUUUCUCUCACUUCAUUAAUGUUUUAUCAUUGCGGUGUAAUAUGUGUGUCUGUCUGUAGAUCUAUGUUCGCUAUGGUGCAAGUAGUCAAACGCAUUGCAUAGAGACACACAGAUACACAUAUGUAGACGUGAAAAGAUUGCAAACGAUAAUUACUAUUACAUAACAGUCUUUGUAUUCCUCACAUGCACACACAUACACACAUGGACAUACUGAUACUACUACUAUUAUUAUUGUUGUUACUUAUUGCAUAGCAUCAUUUAUAUUCUCUAAUCAGAAAUGAAAAAGUUUAUUCUAGAUGGUAUUACUGAUAUCAACUCCAACUUAUUUUCUUUAAUAGGAUUUUUUCCAUUAUUACAUUCUGUCAUUAGACAUUUGAAAACAAAAACAGAAUCACCACUG